AUGCUCAGCCCCGCUGUCGCCAAGCUGUGGUGGGAUCAGUACGUGGCGCCCACAUUUUCGCCGUCAGGCAGGGCUGUCGCAUUACACAUCGCCAUUGGUGGUCGGAAGUAUGCUUUUGUUUCUGUGUACGCUCCGCACGCCGAGCGGCCAGCAUCUGAACGAGAGGCGUUCCGCGACGAGCUGACGACCCUCCUUGCCGCAAUCCCUGCGGGGACGGCUCGCAUUGCAGGGGGCGACUGGAAUGCUUCCAUUCAUGCUGAUAUGGCUGCGCGGCUUGGCUGUGGGACUCGUCUGCUGCCCGGGAGCACGUCGUCGCACGCUCAGGACGUCCUGGGGUGCCUGAACGACAGUGGCCUGAGCCACCUGGACUCGCACCUGGCUACCAGGCACCGUGCGACGUUCCGCUUCCCUCAGCAGACGAUGGCCGCGAACCGCUGGCGGGAGUACGACUACUUCGCCACGGACAUGCCGUGCUCUGCUGGCCUCUGGUGCCAACUGCGGACAGGGGCCCUGCCGUUCGGGGACCACUUCUUCAAGAGGGUCCGCCUUCAGCUGCCGGCGGCGCCGGGGGCCAAGGAGCGACGUCUGGCAAGAGGCCCCCCGGGCACUGUCCAGUCUGGCUUCGGCGACGGAGCUCGGCAUGUGGGCCCCAUCCGACGCGAGUGGAUGCAGGGCCCUUCCGCCGCAGCCACCGCGUUGAGGGAGCAGUACUCCGCGGCGGCAGACGCGGCACUGGACGCUCGGGGCGCGCCAGAGGACGAGAUGGCCUGGGACGACCUUGCUGCGGUGCUCAGGGUCUCUGCUGCGGGUGUCGUCGGCCGCUCCGCGGGCGUCAAGGUUGAAUGCCCGUUCGUCGCCCAGCUGCGCACGAUUGGUCGUCAGAAUGCCACUGAGCGGCGGCUGGCCUGGGACGCCGUGCGUCGCGCCCGGGGCACGCCUGGCGAGGAGGUCGCAGUGGCCGCUCACCGUGAGACUCGCAGGCGGCAUCGGCUUGAGCACCGACAGGCCCGGGCACGACUCGUCAAGGAAGUGGCGGCCGACCUGACCCGGGCAGCGGCCGACAACGACACGGGAGCACUGUACCGAGGCCUUCGCCGCCUGGGCGUGUGGCUGAGCGACCUCGCCCCCGCGGAGGCCCUGCCGUUCACUCCGAAGGAUGCUCGCGACCACCUCCUGAAGCUGGACGAGGCUGCUCCGGCGGUGGACGCUGCUGCGCUGGACACGGUCCCGCCGCACGUCUGGCGCGACGCCCUCCCGCCGGGCAUGUCCGACCUCGCGGAGCCUCCCUCGGCCGACGAGGUACGCGCUGCCAUGCGUGCGAUGCGGGAUUCUGCCCCUGGAGACGACGAGGUCAGCAUCGGCGUGAUCCGGGCCGCCAGCGCCAGGGUCCAGGAGCAGGUCAUCCGCCUAGCGCAGCAGAUGUGGGUGACCCCGCCAACCGCCUGGAGGGACCAAUUCGGCGAGACGCCUUUUCGGGGUUUGCAGAUAUUGUUGUUCAAGAAGAAGGGGCUGCGGACGGAUCUGAACAACUACAGAGGUAUCUGCCUCCUGUCGGUGUUGUCGCGGAUUCUUGCCAAGACGGUGGCCACCCGCCUGGCCCGAUGGGCAGAAGAAGCUGGGGUCCACUCCAACACCCAGUGGGGGAACCGAAAGUAUCGGUCCACCCGCGACGCCAUUCUGGUGGCGAGGGCGACAAUGGAGGAGGUGACCAGACUGCCCCGGGCGCCUGGCGAGAACACGCUCUGCUUGAUUCUGUUUGACAUCAUGAAGGCGUUUCCUUCUGUUCCUCGCCCACUAUUACGUGCUGUCCUUCUACGGCUGGCGCUCCCCGCAACCCUCGUGGACCUGGUGAUCGGCCUGCACGACGUCACCUUCUACGUCGUGCGGACGGCUGCGGGCGACUCCGACCCCUACUGCCUCAGGAGAGGCGUGCGGGAGGGAUGCCCUACCUCUGGCUUGCUUUUCACACUGUACCACGCGGUGGUAAUGGCCGCGAUUCUGCCGAAGCUGCCCAAAACUUUGGUCACUUACGACCCAGAGCGGCCCCUCCCGAGGGCGGCGCCCGCAGCGGAGACGAAGCAGACCCUGGUGCUGGACACGCUCUGCUUCGUCGACGACACGACUGUGCUGCAGGAGAAGCGCCACUGUGCCGCCACGGAGCAGGUUGUCAGCGACGGCCUGCGGGCGUUCGGUUCCCUGAUCCACCCGGGCAAGACCGAGCGCUACCUUCCGCACGGAGCGGCUCCGGCCACUGGCGCCGAGCCCGCCUGGCAGCCCGCCGUGAAGCUGCUAGGCGCUUGGUUCGACGCAGAUGGCUCGUACGUUUCUGACGACAACCACCGCUUGGAGGCUGCUCGGAAAGCUUGGCGGGCCCUCUGGAGGCAGAUGCCCAGGCUCGGGCUGACCGUGCGGCAGAGGGGCUCCAUCGUGCAGGCAGCUGUCAUAUCCAGCCUCCUCUACGGCGCAGAGGCGAGAGCCUUCCACUCGACCACCAUCGUGCGGUACCAGCGGUUCGUCGACAGAAUGGUGCGGGGGCUCACAGCGUGCCGUCUCCGCUCCAUGAGGGGCCUCAAGACGGGUACCGACCUGCGCAGGGAAGCUUGCAUCCAGUCGAUCGAGGUGCAGGUGAAGCGACGCCAGUAUCAGUACUUGGGACACGUCGCCCGGUACCCGCCGGAGCGGGUCGAGCGCUGCAUCCUCGGCGCCUGGAUCCCAGGUGUCUCGGACUUGACAAUGGGCCGCGGGGAGGGCAAUCGUCUGCGGCUGCGCACGCAGUACUGGACCCGCAUCCGGGAGGUCAUGUGCCACACUGACGUGCCUGAGGCAGAGUGGCCGCAGCGCUGGAUGGCCACGGCCGCAGACCGGCCGGUCUGGCAGGCAGCUGUUCGGGAGGCCGUGAAGAUGGCCGAGGAGCACGCCCUCCGUGACUCAUGGGUCCUGCGACACUCCGCGGAGGCCGAGGCGGCGCGGCAGCUCCAGGCAGCGGCGCCAGUGCACCCCGAGGACGGAACGCUGCAGUGUCCCAAGUGCCAACGCUGGUUCCCGAAGCAGGGCUUCCGCCACCACGCUCGGCAGUGCGACGGCGGCCCAGCUAAGGUCCCGCCGCGGCGCACGCUCUGCGACAGGUGUGGCAAAACCGUGUCCUGCAUAUCCGACCACCAGCGGCGCCCUGCUUGUCGGGAGGCGGCAGCCGCGAAGGCCCGCGCACGCACCGCCCAGGAGAGGGCCGCCCGGGCCCAGCUACUGCGCGACGGCCCUCGCGAGCCGGUGGUCGAUGCUGACGGGGCCAUCGCAGCAGCUGCGGCGGACGAGGCCGCUGGCUGCUUCUCCGUCCGCUCCCUCUGCCAUUACUGCAGCCAGGAGCACUCCGAGCCUCCGGGGCGGUGCAAGGCAGCCCCUUUCCGUGUUUGGCUGUACUGUGUGCUCUCGAGACGCGGAGGCCGCCUGGCGGAGAACGACAGGAGGCUGUUGCACACUACCGCCGCCCUCGUGGUUGCCCUCGACCGACAGGUGCAGCUCCACGAUGACAGGGUCUCGUGGCUCUUCGUGCUAUGGGCCGAGCCGCUCAAGCAAGAGACCGUGCGGGUCCGGGACGCCUGGAGAGCGGCCGACCCGUGGAGGGGCCAGCAGGAUGGCGACGCUGAUGCUGCUCCUGGCCCUCAUCCGAUGGGCUCCCAGAGGUCGGUGCUGCACGCCCUCUUCUUCGACCACAUGGCCUCCCAGCUGCCAGCGGAGAGCCCCCACCGGGCCGCCCUGGACCUGCUGCGCGGCCUGGACGGCGAGGCGCUCGACCGCUCGGUGUUCCGGCUGCAGGCCAAACACCGGGAGCCUCGCGAGGGCACCCCUUGGGCGUGGCAGCUGGUGCUGUGCGCCGGCGCCCCCUCGGAGUACGUGUCCUCGCUGCACAGGGUCGCCCGGGAGUUGCGCGGCAGCUUCGGCUCCAUCAGCUUCAUGGCUCAGCGCUCCCGGGACGGCCCCCUGUCCUUGGAGAUCCGCUCCGA